GCGUCUUGGGCUGUGGGUGUUGGCAGGUGGAGAACUGAGACCUGGUACGCCAAAAAGGAUUGGACAGCGUGUACUCCGUACUGUUUGAAUAAAGACCAAUCACCAUCAGUUCCUAGUUGCCCUACUCAUCUACUGGCGUAAUAUAACCUGCAUUAACUACCUGCGAACACGGUUUGGCGUGGAUGGGCCUGCUGCUGUUCCUGUAUGUAUCGCUGUCAAAAGAGUGCCAGCAUCUUCAGCCCUUUCUUCUUUGGAUGUCGUGGAUAUUCGGUGUCGGGUUUUGCCACUCUCCGUCUCAUUUCCUUUUCUUUGCUUCUUCUUACCGCUGUUUCAUCCCAAGACCUGACAAGAACAAUGUCGCAACGGAAGGGUCGGGCGCGACCACCGCCCGACGUGAAAACAUGACCUGUGGCAAGGUGAUGGAACGGGCGUACCGGUGUUUUGGUGGGACAUCAAUCAGUCGUUCCCCACUGGUAGCUCAUCAGCUCGCUUGGCGGCCCCGGGUAUCCUCGUCAUGCUUCCGCGCCUUUGCUAGUUCGCGAUCUCGAUCGUCUAGGUGUAAGAUAAGAUCCAUUGUGAUGGAGGUGCUAGGCGUUGAUUCACCCCAGAAAUGACGGGUUCUUGCUUGACAUGUUACUCACCCCCCUUUGCGUCCCAGGGAAAAAGUCUGCAGUGCACGUACGUUGAGGCGAUUAGAAC